AUGACUGCCUUCUACGGCAGCUUUGACCACGCGGCGCAAGAAGCCAAGUCCCUCCGCACCAUUUCCAAAGUGCUCGAGGUGGGCGUCAACAUGCUGGACACGGCUUGGAUCUACCAGUCUUUUGGGGCCGGUGGCGGCGGCUACUUCACCAACGAAGAGCUCAUUGGCAAAACAAUCCAUCAAACAGCACAGUCCGGACAAGCCACCAAGUUUGGGUUCGUUCCCAGUGCGACGGGCUUUGAAGUGUCUGAAAACACGAUUCGGUUUCAACUGGCCGACUCGUUGGAGAGAUUGGGCACGACGAUCAUAGACUUGUACUACAUGCAUCGCAUGGAUCGAUGCCUCCGUUCCCAUCGAAGUGACCAUGGCGGUGCUCAAGCCUCUCGUCGACGAACGCAAUAUCAAAUGGAAUGGUCGCUCCAGUCCCGCUACUCGGAGGCGGACGUCGUCCCCACCGCGCGAGAACUUGGCGUGGGCAUCGUGGCGUACUCGCCCAUGUGCCGGGGCUUCCUCGGGGCUAUCGAUGCCUUUGACAAGCUCGAAGACAACGAUCGGACGCUCCAACCAAGAAUCGCCAAGAGCGUCAACCCUUCCCAGCUCACGCUAGGAUGGGUGCACGCUCAAGGCGAUGACGUGUUUCCUCGGUACUAA